AUGUACCCUGUUGGUGUCUGGCAGCAGAGCCUGUGCAGGCUGCUGUUGUGCCUACUAUGCAGCUGGGGCAUGGGGUCUCCGCCCCUGUCCACGGACCCUGAGAAGAGGGACGGAAGCCAGGGGCUACGGUUCCGGCUGGCUGGCUUCCCCAGGAAGCCCUACGAGGGCCGCGUGGAGAUACAGCGGGCUGGUGAAUGGGGCACCAUCUGCGAUGAUGACUUCACACUGCAGGCUGCCCAUGUCCUCUGCCGGGAACUAGGCUUUACUGAGGCCACAGGCUGGACUCAUAGUGCCAAAUACGGCCCUGGAACAGGUCGCAUCUGGCUGGACAACAUAAACUGCCGUGGGACUGAGCAGAGUGUGACAGAAUGUGCCUCCCGAGGCUGGGGGAACAGUGACUGUACCCAUGAUGAAGAUGCUGGGGUCAUCUGCAAGGACCAGCGCCUCCCUGGCUUCUCAGACUCCAAUGUCAUUGAGGUAGAGCAUCAUCUGCAAGUGGAGGAGGUGAGGCUUCGGCCAGCUGUUGGGCGGGGCAGGAGACCCCUGCCUGUGACUGAGGGACUGGUUGAAGUUCGGCUUCCUGAGGGCUGGUUGCAAGUUUGUGACAAAGGCUGGAGCGCCCACAACAGCCACGUGGUCUGCGGGAUGCUAGGGUUCCCCAGCAAAAAGAGGGUGAACACGGCCUUCUACAGGCUGCUGGCCCAGCGACAGCAACACUCCUUUGGUCUGCACGGGGUGGCGUGCGUGGGCACUGAGGCCCACCUCUCUCUCUGCUCCCUGGAGUUCUAUCGCACCAAUGAUACCAUCAGGUGCCCUGGGGGGGUGCCUGUGGUGGUAAGCUGUGUGCCAGGCCCGCUCUAUGCUGCAUCCAAUGGCCAGAAGAAACAGCAGUCCAAGCAGCAGGGGGAGGCCCGUGUGCGUCUAAAGGGUGGAGCCCAUCCUGGCGAGGGCCGAGUGGAAGUCCUGAAGACUGGCACAUGGGGCACAGUCUGUGACCGCAAGUGGGACCUCCACGCAGCCAGCGUGGUGUGUCGGGAACUGGGCUUCGGGAGUGCUAGAGAGGCUCUGAGCGGUGCCCGUAUGGGGCAGGGCAUGGGUGCCAUCCACUUAAGUGAAGUGCGAUGUUCUGGACAAGAACCGUCCCUCUGGAAAUGUCCCCAUAAGAACAUCACAGCUGAGGACUGCUCCCACAACCAGGAUGCUGCGGUCCGAUGCAACCUUCCCUACACUGGGGUGGAGGCCAAGAUCCGACUCAGUGGAGGGCGCAGCCGAUAUGAAGGACGAGUUGAAGUACAAAUUGGAGCACCAGGGUCCCUGCACUGGGGUCUCAUCUGUGGCGAUGACUGGGGGACACUGGAAGCUAUGGUGGCCUGUAGACAACUUGGUCUGGGCUACGCCAACCACGGCCUACAGGAGACCUGGUACUGGGACUCAGGGAAUACAACAGAGGUGGUGAUGAGUGGAGUGCGCUGCACAGGGACUGAACUCUCCCUGGACCAAUGUGCCCAUCAUGGCACCCACAUUGCCUGUAAGAGGCCAGGGACCCGGUUCACUGCUGGAGUCAUCUGUUCUGAGACUGCCUCUGACCUACUGCUGCAUUCAGCACUGGUGCAGGAGACGGCCUACAUCGAGGACCGACCCUUGCACAUGCUGUACUGUGCUGCUGAAGAGAACUGCCUGGCCCGCUCAGCCCGCUCAGCCAACUGGCCUUAUGGCCACCGACGUCUGCUCCGAUUCUCCUCCCAGAUCCACAACCUGGGACGAGCUGACUUCAGGCCCAAGGCUGGGCGCCACUCCUGGGUGUGGCACGAGUGUCAUGGGCAUUACCACAGUAUGGAUAUCUUCACUCAUUAUGAUAUUCUGACCCCCAAUGGCACCAAGGUGGCUGAGGGCCAUAAAGCUAGUUUCUGUCUAGAAGACACGGAAUGUCAGGAGGAUGUCUCCAAGAGAUAUGAAUGUGCCAACUUUGGAGAGCAGGGCAUCACCGUGGGGUGCUGGGAUCUCUACCGGCAUGACAUCGACUGUCAGUGGAUUGACAUCACAGACGUAAAGCCGGGAAACUACAUUCUACAGGUAGUCAUCAAUCCAAAUUUUGAAGUAGCAGAGAGUGACUUCACCAACAACGCAAUGAAAUGCAACUGCAAAUAUGAUGGACAUCGCAUCUGGGUGCACAACUGCCACAUCGGUGAUGCCUUCAGUGAAGAGGCCAACAGGAGAUUUGAGCGCUACCCUGGCCAGACCAACAACCAGAUCAUCUAA